AUGGCAAGUCUUACACUAGCUUCACCUUGCAUCACCUCCACCAUCUUCAACUCUGAAACAAGCUCCAACAAUGGAAGAGAUGACUCUUUCUCUUCAUACCUGAACCUCAUCAGAGAGAGCCUUGCAAAAGACCAAACUGAUAACUCCGGUGAUACUCCUACCACUAUGCAGAUAAGCAUAGGGAAAACCCAAGGUGAAGAUCGUGAGCUUGAUAUCUUCCGUGCAGAGAAGUACUUCAGUGGAGUAAUGGACGGAGAAAGUACUAAUAUGGAAAAAAGUCCAGUGAUCAGUUCUUACAAGAAAGAAGGCAAGAUGAUGAGCUUGAAAUCAAUAUCAAUGACUGAGAGCACAUACUCGGAGGUUAGUGCCAACAGCCGCAAAACUCUUCUCCGAGACCACCGAAGGAAACUAUCAUCGUCGUCUUCGUCAAACGGGCGAAGAAGAAGGUUGUUGAGAGUUUUUCGGUGUUCUUGCUCUGGAAAAGAUGCAACCAGGGUUGAAGAAGACAUGAAUGGGAACAAGAAACAAGAGUUCUUUGUAGAGAGAUCAUCAUUUGCAACCAAGAUAGAAGAUGCUCUCACGUUCAUGACGUUGAACUCACAAAUGGGAGCAGCGAGAAUGACGAUUCAAAAGGAGACAUUUGGUUCACCUUUCAUUGAGAAAAGUGUCAUGGUGUCAACUCUGAGAAAAAGUUUGACUUUGUUGACUCCUCCUCUGCCUUCCAUCAAUGGGAGUAGUUUGUUUCGGCCGGAGACUGGGUAUGAGCCGAGUGAGGCAAGCAUAGAUUGGAGUGUGACUACAGCUAGUGCUGGAAAUGAUGAACGGAAAUUGGAUAUUCAUGAAGGGAAUAGGCCUUCAAAGAGUGGUAAGCAUAGCAUGCUGCUUGGUUGCGCAAGCGAGAAGGCGGUGAACGUGACGUCGACGGAGAAUUACAGCAAGAAGCCGGAGAGGCCUCUGAGCUCCAUGAGUAAUAAUUAUGAGCAAAUGAGGAGUCUUCCUCCAUUGCUGAGGUAUCAUGCUUCUCAAGCUGUUCAGUCACGCCAUAGCUUGGACUUCACUCAUGGAGGUCUCUAG